CAAGAUGAAAGCGACACGUACACACUGAGGUGAACAGAGGGAAGGAGGGAUAGGCUAAGAGUCGCACACGCAGAAUUAGUGAAUUAAACAAAGUUGAUAUUUUUCCCCCCUGGAUGCCAAAGAGGAAAUCAGUUGAAUAUAAAUAAUUGGUUGUAUGUGUGUGGACACAAUGACAGAAACAUGUCAAAGGAAAACUCGAGCCAAAGGAGACAAGUGUGAAGUAUAAAUGGAGGCGUUUCAGACCGCCAACGAGGAGCAGCGGACAAAGCACACUCAAAUCCAAAUAGAAAUCCAGCAGGAAAAGCAUAAGGUGACAAAGCUCCGAGAAAAGCUCCAAGAUGUCAAGCAGGAUCGGGAGCAGGAACAGCACCGACAUACUGUUCACAUAUCUGAACUGAAAGCCAAGCUACAUGAGGAGAAGAUGAAAGAGCUUCAGUCCGUCCGGGAGAUACUGAUACGCCAACAUGAACUUGACGUAGCCCGUGUGGUCAAAAUCAAAGACUGUGAAAUCCAGCGUUUACAGUCCACGGUCAACGUUUUACGGGACGGAGCCGCGGACAAAGUCAAGACUGCUUUAUUGAAUGAAGCCAGAGAGGAAGCCAGGAGGGUGUUUGAUGGCGAGCGCAUUAAAUUACAGCAGGAGGUCCUAGAACUGAAAUCCAGCAAGAAACAGCUGGAGGAAACGCUAAACAAUGUCAUGCAGGCGGAUAAAACCAAGGCGUCGGAUCUGCGGAUAGCUUAUCAGACGCAUCAGGAUGAAGUCACCCGGAUAAAGCGGGAAUCUGAGCGGGAUAUCCGCAGGGUGAUGGAUGAAAUUAAAAGCAAGGAGCGAGUGAUCCUGGCACUAGAGAAAGAGCUGGGCAUACAGGCUGGUCACACACAGAAAUUGCUCCUACAGAAAGAAGCUCUGGAUGAGCAGUUGGUGCAGGCAAAGGAAGCGGAGCGGUACCACAGCAGCCCCAAGAAAGAGCUUCCUACUGGUGUCGCCGAUAUCUCUGAACUCAUGGGACAUGCGGUAAAAACAAGAGAGGAGCAACAUGUGGACGACCGAGACCUAAGGAGGUUCCAGUUAAAGAUUGCCGAGCUGUAUGCUGUGAUCAGGAAGCUGGAAGAUAGAAAUACCCUGCUGUCAGAUGAACGGAGUGAACUGGUGAAACGUGUCCGGGAGACGGAAACGCAGCUGAAGCCUCUAGUUGAAAAAAACAAAAGGAUGUCCAAGAAGCACGAGGACACUUUACAGACGAUACAGAGGAUGGAAGAAAAAAUCAAGGCCUUAUCGAGAGACAAUGCGGAAAUGAAGGAGAAGUUGUCCACUGUGAGCUCCUUGAAGCACCAUUCAUCGUUGGAUGAUCUGAGUAAUGCUCAGGAACAAGAGAUUGAAUUCUUACGACUUCAGGUCAUGGAGCAGCAGCAGAUCAUUGAUGACAUCACAGUGGAAAAAGAACGAAUGCUGAGAUUCAAAAAGCCGAAAAGAAAAAGCUUAAAGCACCCGAAGAGGCAUGUUGUGGAGACGUUUUUUGGAUUUGAUGAAGAAUCCAUUGAUUCAGAAACCUCGUCAGUCACCUCCUACAACACCGAUAGAACGGACAGGACGCCAGCAACGCCCGAAGAAGACCUCGAAGAUAGCACUCCUAAGGAGGAAGCUGAUUUAAGAUUUCGUCAGCUGACCCGAGAGUACCAGGCCCUGCAGAGAGCGUACGCCUUACUGCAAGAGCAAGUGGGAGGGACGCUGGACGCAGAAAGAGAAGCCAGGACCCGGGAACAGUUACAAGCCGAUCUACUGAGGUGCCAAGCCAAGAUUGAAGACUUGGAAAACUCUCUCUGUGUUAGAGGACAGGAUUCCAAGUGGGUGGAAGAGAAGCAGCUUCUUCUGAGGAAAAAUCAAGAUCUGUUAGAAAAGAUAUUUAAAUAUGAACUGGACGAGAGCCAGCUGAAAAAUGAAAUCCAGGAUGCCAGAGACCAGAACGAACUCUUAGAAUUCCGCGUUCUUGAACUCGAAGAGAGAGAACGAAGGUCUCCAGCCUUUAACCUCCAAAUAGCCAGCUUCCCAGAAAAUAAUGGAAGCGCUCUGCAGCUAUUCUGUCAGCAGGAAGGAAUUAAGGAUGUGGAUAUUUCAGAGCUAAUGAAGAAGCUGGAUAUACUAGGAGAUAAUGGGAAUCUGCGGAAUGAAGAGCAGGUUGCGGUAAUCCAGGCGGGAACUGUUCUGUCCCUGUGUGAAAAGUGGCUGAAACAGAUCGAGGUGACUGAAGCCGCCCUGACCCAGAAAAUGAUAGAUCUGGAAAAUGAGAAGGAACUGUUCAGCAAACAGAAGGGCUACUUAGAAGAAGAACUUGAUUACCGCAAGCAAGCACUUGAUCAAGCACAUAUGAAAAUCCAGGAGCUGGAGGCCACACUCUAUAAUGCUUUGCAGCAUGAGCCUGGGAGUAGAGUCAGCGAAUGUUUGAAUGAGGCUCAGAGGGAAGACCUGAGGGCGGCCGUGGAAAAACUACGAAGGCAGAUCCUACGGCAAAGCCGAGAGUUUGAUAGUCAGAUCCUGCACGAACGCAUGGAGCUCUUACAUCAGGCACAACAGAGAAUCCGUGAACUUGAAGACCGGAUAGAAAUUCAAAAACAGCAACUCAAAGAAAUAGAGGAAAAGCAUUCAUUCUGUGGCCUUGACGAUCUAUUCCAGCAAACAAUCGUGGGUUUGAAGAGAGCACAUGGGACGAACAUCUGACACUUCAGCAACUGCCAAAACAGACACUGAUUUUUUAAUCAUGGUCCUGGCUGGAAACACCAGACGACUCUUUACAUUCUGAGUUUUAUAACAAUUUAGUUU